AUGACCGUGUACGACGCCGAGGCGGAGCUCGUCAACAUCCCCGAGAAGUACCUCGUCCGCGUGCCCAACGGGCUCGACCUGCAGCAGGCGACCGCGCUCGUGCUCGACUGGGGCACCGCCUACGCCAUGGUGCACGAGCACGCCAAGGUCGCCAAGGGCCAGCGCGUCUUCGUCCACGGCGUCAGCGGGGCCGUCGGGUUCGCGCUGAUGAAGCUGUGCCAGCUGCAGGGCGCCGAGGUGUACGGCACCGCGUCGGAGCGCAACCACGCCGCCGUCCGCGCCGAGGGCGGCCACCCGUUCGUGUACACGGACAAGAAUUGGAUGGCGGCGAUGAAGGAGUUGGGCGGCGCGGAUGCCGUCUUCGACCCGCUCGGCUUCGAGAGCUGGGACGAGAGCUGGACGAUUUUGUCCAAGAGCGGCAUGCUGAUCGGGUUUGGGGGUAACUUGAACUCGCUCGGCGGGGACGGUAAGGCGCCGCGGUCGACGGUGGUGCCCACGAUGAAGCUGCUGGCGCGCGGCAUGGUGCCGUUCUGUCCCAAGCGAACGUGGUUUUACUACAUCACCCGCGAUGAUGCGACGUUUGAGCCGAACCUGAAGGCCAUGUUUGGCUUGCUGGGCGAGGGCAAGAUCAGAGUGCCCAUUAAGAAGGUGUGGAAUCUGGAGGAUGUGCAGGACGCGCAUCGCCAGUGGGCGAGCGGAACAGGCGUCGGAUCAUUGAUCAUUCGUGUUGGCGACGCCAAGCAGCAGUGA